AUGGCUUCUUUUUUUAAGAACAGUAUUGGUGUUUUGUGUCGUAACUAUCCCAUAGUCAUAUCUUUAAAGUUUGAAAGGCUGCAAAGUAGUAGUGCAGUAUUUCCCCAAGGAAUGCAGAAAGGAAAAGUCGCUAUUGUCACGGCUGCUACCAGCGGGAUUGGUUUAGCAAUUAAACACCAUACAAUUGCCAGACGUCUUGCAAAGGAAGGAGCUAAUGUGGUAAUAAGCAGUCGAAAACAAGAAAAUGUAACAAGAGCUCUUGCAGAGCUGAAGUCUGAAGGACUAAACAUUUCAGGAUGCGUCUGUCAUGUAGGAAAUGAGGAACAUCAAGACUUGUUGGUCAAUAUGACUCUAGAGCAGCAUGGUGCAAUUGACAUUCUGGUGUCUAAUGCAGCAGUGAAUCCAUUUGUAGGUAAAAUAGUGGACUGCAGUAAGGAAAUGUGGCAAAGGAUAUUUGAUCUAAAUGUGACUGCAAGCUUCUUACUACCAAAGCAUGUCGUCCCGCACAUGGAGAAACAGGGAGGUGGCUCUAUAGUGCUUGUAUCUUCUACUGCUGGUUACCACCCUAUUCCAACCAUUGCUAUAUGCAAGUUUUCAGUCAGCAAGACUGCCCUUCUUGGGCUAACAAGAACUCUGGCUCUUGAACUUGGUCCUAUGAACAUUCGUGUGAACUGCAUGACCCCUGGCCUUACCAGAACUAGAUUCAGCACAAUUUUGCAGCAGAGUCCAGGGCUGAACCAAAUGUUAACUGAAAACUUGCAUAUAGCAAGAAUUGGGCUACCAGAGGAGUGUGCAGGUGCUGUGAAUUUUCUUUGCUCUUCAGAUGCUUCAGAAAAGUUCCCAAGAAUGCCAGUCAAGUGGCAUGUAAUCUCAGAAUUGUUCUAG